AAUCCUUGUGGUUUCAUGGGGAAACCCAAAUCUGCACAAACCAAGAGCUAUAUAUACCCUGAGACAGCAUUUAAAGUGUCAGUAUAAACUGUGAAAAGCGUCCUCUCAGAUCAAUAGUUACAGACAUUCCCCUGACAGAGGUCAUGAACAUCCUCACUGUGUGCAUGAGCGUUCUCUCCUUCAUGGCCACUAUGACGCACUGUGCACCUGUCUUUGGUGUUACUGCACUUGUUGACCAGGAGAAGUUUCAGGAUUUAGUACAAAAGAGCCACAGUUUGAUACAAAAGAUCUUGCUCUCCAUUUCAGAUGUGCAUAGUUCUUCUGUUCAUAUUAAGACACUGAAGCUUAACUCUCCAGAGAACAGAAAUAUGGAGAUAAUGGCCUCUGAUAUUGGCAUUCCAAAAGCCCCUGUUCUUAGAGUGGUGUCAGAAAACUGCUCUCUGGAGACCAGUGUGAAGCACAUGUCGGAGGGCCUCCAGUUACACCGGGAGCUGCUGAAUGCUGUCAUGCCUCACCUCAACAAUAAUAUGAAAAUGGCUGAACUGUCAAAUGACAUUGGCGACUUGGACCUGCAAAUCCACAAGAUGCUGGAACUGAUCAAGAAUACAACUGUGCCCACCCCCAUGCCACAGCCUGUGGUGCUCCGUCUCUCUGAGGAAUAUAAAAUCCAGGUGGCAGCCCACUUAACCCUGGUGCAGCUGAGUGACUUUGGGCAGGUUGUGGUGGAUUGUCUACACAGCAUGGAGCACAAUGAGGAAGAGGAAAUAGACAGCUGACAAUAUUCAACUGAGAUUUUUUAACACAUUUUCAGUAAUAUGUCAUAUUUAUUUUUAAAGGUAUUUAUUUUUUUUACAUAAACUAUGUGUAUUUAUUUAUUUAUGUAAUAUUUAUUUAAAGGUGCAUUGUGUAACUUUUCUGGUGGAGGAUCAAUCACAGUACGGUAUUAAACUUUUCUAUCGUCAUGAAGACCAAACCUGACUAAAUUACUUGCUAGAUCUGUUGAGAGGCAAACCAUAAAACCACGUGUAAUUGAAUAAAUGUAAGGUAGAGCUGUUUAAUACCAUAUUGUUGAAAAUUCCAGACAGAGCAGUAACAUAUCCACAGAAACAAGCAGAUGAUGGACCUUCACCAACAAAGUUACACGUGGCAAGUGUUUUUAAUAAUUCAGACUUGGCUCAUUGUGUUUUAACAAGAACCAGCUCUUUUGACCAUGUAUCACCAUGUUAUGUAUUUUAUAUAGCUCCGCCAAAAACAUCUCACAUUAACCUUGAAGAGGUUGCCAUUUUGUAUUAUUUGUGAUAUUUUUCAUAAAAAUAUUAAUAUCUUUAAGCAAUAAAUAAGUUAAUAAGA